AUGUCCUCCUCCACCCACUUCCCAGAUUCUCCCAACUUCCAGCGUCAGUCCGACGAUUUCAUCUCCUGGCUGUCUGAAAAACCUGGCGUCAAUAUCAAUCCCAAUAUCGCUGUGGCAGAUCUUCGAUCCCAGGGUGCUGGACGAGGUGUUGUUGCUCAAACCGAUAUCCCUGAAAAUGAAGAACUUUUCACCAUCCCGCGCGAUCUCGUUCUCUCCACCCAGAAUUCCAAGCUGAAGGACUUGCUCUCCCAGGAUCUGGAAGAGCUCGGACCGUGGUUGUCUCUCAUGCUCGUCAUGAUGUACGAAUAUCUCCUGGGAGACCAGUCCACGUGGGCCGCGUACUUCAAGGUCCUUCCCCGAAAAUUCGACACCCUCAUGUUCUGGACCCCCUCCGAGCUGCUCGAGCUCCAGGGGAGUGCCGUCAUUGACAAAAUUGGCCGCCAAGGUGCCGAUGAGUCCAUUCUGGAGAUGAUCGCCCCCAUUGUACGAGCCCAUCCUUCUCUCUUCCCUCCGGUCGACGGUCUUCCCUCCUACGAUGGCGACGCUGGCACCCAGGCUCUCCUCCACCUGGCUCACACCAUGGGGUCACUCAUCAUGGCCUAUGCAUUCGAUAUCGAGAAGCCUGAAGAUGAGGACGAAGAGGGCGACGGAGAGGGUGGCUAUAUGACCGAUGAGGAAGAGGAGCAGCUGUCCAAGGGCAUGGUCCCACUGGCGGAUCUGCUCAAUGCGGACGCAGACCGAAAUAACGCACGUCUCUUCCAAGACGAAAAUGCCCUCGUGAUGAAGGCUAUCAAACCGAUCGCAAAGGGCGAGGAGAUCUUCAAUGACUACGGAGAAAUUCCGCGCGCCGACCUCCUGAGACGCUAUGGCUACGUGACGGACAACUACGCCCCUUACGAUGUCGUCGAGGUGUCACUGGAUGUGAUCUGCAAGGCUGCUGGCCUUUCAGACUCUGACCCCGAGAAGCAGCCUCCGCUUGAGUUCCUCGACGAGUUGGAACUUCUCGAUGACGGCUAUGUCAUUCCUAGACCAUCUCAGGAAGAUGAUCAAUUGACAGACAUCCUUCCGGAUGAGCUGAUCAUUCUUCUCCGCACGCUGACCCUCUCCCCGGAGCAAUUGGCCCAGCAAAGAUCCAAGAACAAGCCCCCGAAGCCCGCCUUCGCCGAAGCAGAGGCGACUAUCCUUGCCAAAGCUAUUCAGCUUAAACAGGCUCAGUACGCGACAACGAUCGCUCAAGACCAGGAGAUCCUUUCCCAGCUCAACUCAUCCGAAGUUAGCUCAGGGUUUGUGGACGAAUCCACCCAUCGCCGCAAAAUGGCCGUUCAAGUCCGCAUUGGUGAGAAAGAAAUCCUCCACCGUCUUGGCUCCGUGCUCGAGGAGACCGCCAGUGCUCCUGCAGCCAAGCGGGCUGCCAACGGCGACAGCCCUGAAUCCAGGAAAUCGAAAGCACCCAAGACUUGA